GGCCCCGCCCCCAGGAACAUUAGUAGUUCCGGGUUGCCCUCCGGCUCCGCUCUAGCCACCGAGCUUCCGCCUCUCUCCUGCUCUCCGGAGCUGGGGGCCGGCGAGGAGGAGGGUCUUCCGGACGCGGGCGCGCAAGGUCAGGAGCAGGGAAUCUUGUUCCUCACUGCAUAAGAAAUGUCACUUUCAGAAUAUGCACUGCGCAUGUCCCGUCUGAGUGCCCGGAUCUUUGGUGAAGUGGCCAGGCCUACUGAUUCAAAGUCCAUGAAAGUGGUAAAACUGUUCAGUGAGCAGCCCUUGGCCAAAAGGAAAGAGACUUACGACUGGUAUCCAGAUCACAACCUAUACUUCGCGCUCAUGGCCAAGCUCCGUUUCUUUGGCCUUUACAGAGAUGAGCAUCAGGAUUUUAAGGAAGAACAAAGACGUAUAAAGAAGCUCCGAGGAAAGGGGAAACCAAAGAAAGGAGAAGGAAAAAGAGCUGCAAAAAGGAAAUAGUAUCAUCUCCUCAAGAAAAAAAAUUUCUUCCUCAGUGACUAAGAAAGUAUAUCUCAUCAUCUUUUCACAUAUUAGAGGAAUGUGACCUUCCUCAGUAGACAUCAGCCCUGUGUUCAUGUCCACCUCAGUUAAACUGUGACUGGCUUCUUGAAGAUAUUCUAAUCCUUCAAAAUUAUAUUGACCUUGGUUUUAUAAUCUAAAGCUUACCAAAUUCUAUCAUGAAAUGAAUAAACUAUUGUUUAGUGAUUUGUUGAAGAUGGGAAUGGAGGCUGGGAUUGGAGUAGGAACCUCCCUAAAUGAGUAUCCCACACUCUCUUUAUUCCUCCAUUGCUUCCCCACUAAACCCUAAACUUUCAUCUCUCUGAUCAUUGAGCCUCUGCCCUCACCAUCGAACUGACUCUUCUGAAGGUGCCGAACUUUGAUUAAAAGCUCUCUAAGAAA